UUCCAAAAUUUUUGGGAAUAUUAAAAUCAAAAACAGACGCAAGUCGAAUGUGGCUUGGACCAUUGCUGCUUAUUUCUAUCAAAAGUGCUAAUGAUAUUGAGAAACUAUUAUCGUCAAAAAAACUAACACAAAAAUUAGAUAUUAUUUAUAAUCUAUUAAAAUCGUCAUUUGGUUAUGGACUAAUUGCAUCUUCGGGUGAAAUUCAUCAGAAUAGUCAUCGAUUAAUUCAACCUACUUUGCAUCCGACUGUUAUAGAAACGUAUAUACAAGUUUUUCAACAACAUGGUGAAUUUCUAGUGGAAAAUUUACGAGAAAACGUUGGCACAGGGACAUUUAAUGUUUUAAGAAAAGUGAAUUUAUGCAUGAUUAAAGUUGUUUUGGAGACUGUGUUGGAUAUCAAAACGAGUCCCGAAAUUACGGAUGAGUUACUUAAUGCUUUAAUCAGAUUUAGAGAUAUAUUUUAUACUAGAGUGUCGAGACCAUGGAUGCAUGUCGAAUCUCUUUUUAAAUUAACGUCCUUAGCUAAAGACGAAGAAGAAACUACCAAAUUUUUUCGAGGUUUCAUUAGAAAUGUGAUUAAAAUGAAAAAUAUGGAAUUAAGUAUGAAUUCUGAUGAUUUAGAAUAUACUUCGAAUUCGAAACGUAAGAGUACUUUGUACUUUUUACUAAGAAAAAUUAAGGAAAAUCCGAAUGUUAUGUCAGAAGAGCAAUUAAUAGAAGAUAUUUCAACAUUAUUUUUAGCUGCUGAAGACACAACACACGUACAACUUUGUUUUUCUAUUUUAAUGCUUGGAAUGCAUCCACAUCUCCAGGAAAAAAUUUAUGAAGAAAUACAACAGGUUUUGGGAGAAUCAACUUCAUUUACCAUAUCAGAUUUAAAUCAAUUAUGUUAUUUAGAAAUGUUCCUAAAGGAAGGCCUUCGAUUACUUCCAAUUCCUAUGACUGCGCGUAAAGUGACAGAAGAUUUUCAAUUUGAAAAUUUUGUUGCACCAAAAGGAUGUUACGUUGUAAUAAAUGUAUACGAAUUACAUCGUCAUCCAAAAUAUUGGGAAAAACCAAAUGAAUUUUAUCCUGAACAUUUCACACCAGAAAAUGUAGCUAAACGACAUCCAUCGGCAUGGAUACCGUUUAGUGGUGGGCCACGUCGUUGUUUAGGCGGAAAAUAUGCAAUUAAUUUAUUGAAAACGAUUAUAAUUAAUUUACUUCGAAGUUAUAAAGUUGAAGCAGAUGGAACUUUACAAGAUUUGAUAAUUACUGGUGAUAUGGCCUGCCGUAUAAAAGGAGGUUAUCCAAUACGUUUGAAGUAUCGUAAAUAAUUUAUUAUGUAAUUUUGAAAAUUUUAUUUUGUAGUUAAGUUGAAAUAAAUUUGAUAAUUUGUAGCUUUAUUAUUAUGAAAUUAUCUAAUUAGAUUGUAAUUUUUGCUGAUUAUGAGGUAAAUUUUAUCAUUAAUCCACGACUAAAACGAGGGGUGUUUUAACUAUGUACUAUGUUUCAAGAAAAUUUACAAACUUUAUCGCUUAAAACGGGUGCCACAUUUGUGUGUGUUUUUUUCCUUAAAUACUGAGGCAAUAAGGG